AUGCCUGCGCACCCUUCGAAACGAUCCCUCAACCGACGGAGACCUCAUAGCUUGCGCUCGGAUUCAGCGUGCUAUGACGACGGUCAACCUCAUACCUCGGUACGCGUGCGAUGCCCUACGCUAUCUCCAUAUCUGCACCUCAUUUACCUUUUGUGCCUGCCCACCAGCCAUAUCUUCGGGCUCAAGACAGAUGUCCACUCUAAUGUAGCUUUCGUCGACGACCAGACUGUGGCGUAUCCUGCCGGUCACCACAUUAUCGUGUGCUCCCUAGACGACAAACGCCAGAAAUUUAUCGCCGGCACCGAAGCUUCCGAGGGCGUCACUGCUGCAGCUCUGGCUCCCAGUCGCCGCUUUCUUGCAGUUGCCGAGCGCAGCGAACGAGCGCUCGUGAGUAUUUUCGACCUCAAGACGCUCAAAAAGCGCAAGGUGCUGAGCUCGGCCGAUGCCCAGGCUCGGAGCUACGUCAGUAUGGCCUUCAGUGCUGACAACCAACUGCUACUCACACAAGGAGGUGCCCCCGACUGGAUGCUGACGUGCUGGAACUGGUCUAAAGGCAAACCUGUGGCUAGUGUUAAGGCUCCUAUGCAUGUCAUGGCACCUCAUGCAUCUCCAAGCUCGGCCAUGUUGGCGCUAGCAGGCCAGUCAACGCAACAUACCAUUAGUGGUAGCAUGGCUCACUUGAGCUCAUCGCCUUCAGAUGCCAAUUUGAUGGCGUCUAGCUCAAACAACUCCGGAGGUGUUGCAACCACGUCUUCCCCACCCCAAGUAUCUGCGUGCUCAUUUAGCGACGUGGAUGCUGGGUUGGUGUGCGUUACGGGUGUGGGGCUGAUUCGCUUCUUCAGAGUGCUCGAGACAGCGUUCCGCCCGUUGCCCAGUCCUCGAAUGGAGAGUCACAUUUUCCUCGCACACGCAUGGCUCAAGCAACGUGAUGACUAUUUAGUCGCUGGAUCUGCCGCAGGAGAUCUCAUGCUUUUCCAUGGAGGAGAAUUCGUAACUCGUCUCAGUGCAUCUCCGGGGCCUGGCAGGGCUGUACACAGCUUGACAGCGACCACUAAAGGGCUCCUUUGUGGACUCAGUGAUAACACUGUGGCCAUGUUUGGGGUAGUCUUAAGUGACAGCGGAGACCAUGUCGAUUCAUCCAGAGCGACGUCCGUUGAGGAAGAAGCAAGCCCAACACCAACGUCACAAGAAGAUCAUUUCCUCGAAGAUGCGGCUAAUAUACUAACGCUGCAGCGACUCGUCCGAGUGGACACUGGAACAGGCUACGUCGCAACUAUUGCUGUUAGUCCUAACGAAGACGUCAUCGUCGUCACCACUUCCAACGCUCAACUACUCACGUUUCCCUAUCAGAUCCACGCCUCAGGAAUGCAUUCUGCUGUCCAAGCGGUGGUGGAUGAGACCGCUAGUGGUAACUUAAGUGGAGCGACCGGUGUUGCAAUGCCAGACACUGCGAUAACUCAAAGCGAAGAUGUCGAAUACGUGAUCACAAGUUUCCAUCAACCGAGCGACCCGAUCUCCGCUACUGGUGGAGGCAGCGGCGGUGGCAUCCUGCACGUGACUGGUAUGGACGUGUGUGUGCGCAAGCCGCUCCUCGUGACGUGCGGUUUGGAUCGAACCGUUCGCGUCUGGAAUUAUAUUGAUCGCACCUGCGAGGUGGCCAAGCGCUUCAAUGAAGAAGCUUUCAGUGUAGCCUGCCAUCCUUCUGGAUUGCAUUUGCUGGUUGGCUUUGCAGACAAACUUCGCUUGCUGAAUAUCCUUAUGGAUGACAUUCGUUCGUUCAAGGAACUCCCGGUGAAGGCUUGUCGUGAGUGCCAGUUCAGUACAGGAGGACAUCUUUUCGCGGCAGUCAAUGGUAAUACCAUUCAAGUAUUCUCUCUUUUCACGGGCGAGUUAGUUGCUACUCUUCGAGGUCACAACGGAAAGGUGCGCAGUCUUUAUUGGAAUUCUGACGAUUCCAACAUUGUCUCGGCUGGACUUGACGGUGCGGUUUAUCACUGGGAUCUUGAUGAGGCAAAGCGUGAGGCUGAGUUCGUACAAAAAGGCGUGUCCUACUAUUCUGCACUUUGCAAUCGCGAAGGUACCGCCAUUUACGCAGUGGGAGGUGAUCGUUUGCUUAAGGAGAUUGAGGUCCCGUCAUCUCAACUAACUAAGGAAUUUCUGUGCGAUUCCACUCUGGGUCAAUUGGUGUUGUCUGGGUCACAACGGCUACUUUUUGGUGCAGGGGCAGAGCCUGAUCGUCCAGGAGCAAUAAGAGCUUUCAAAUUUCCGCUAACAGGAGAGUCGACUGAGUUUCAAUGCCUCAGUGCUCCUGUUACACGUUUGCGCGUUUCCUUUGAUGACCAAUUUCUCUUUGCCGCUGGUGAGGAUGGCGCAGUAUGCAUCUUCGAAGUAAGAGACAAAGAAGGACGUCCGACACGAAGGGAGGGUGAUAUUUCUCUGUCGGCCUCAUCAGUCGCAGCAGCAGCAAUCAGCGGUGGCUAUGCUGGCAGUUCAUCGUACCAUCAUGAAGGUUUUGGAGGGCAUGGAGGUAACAUGGCAUCGUUUUCUGAGGAGAUUCUGGUGACGAAAUCCGAUCUAGAGGAGAAGAACACAUUGAUGUUGGAACUAAAGAACAAGGUGGAUGAACUCAUGCUUCACAACGAAUACCAGCUGCGACUCAAGGACAUGACUUACAACGAGAACCUGAAAGACCUUACGGAGAAGUUCACGCAUGAAAUUGAGCUGGAAAAGAACAAGUACGAACUCUUGAGAGAAGACAAGAAUGACAUCGAAAUGGAGUACGAGGAGAAGAUUAAGCAGUUGGAAGAACACCAUUUGCAACAGAUGCAGGAGACUGAGGCUACAUUCCAACAGAAGAUCAUGAAGGAAGUUGAGCAAUAUCAAGAGGUGCUCACCCAGCGUGAGGCGCAGAGUCAACAUUGGAAAAGUGAACAGCAACGCCUCGUGACCACGCACGAUAAAUAUGUGGCCGAUGUGACCGAAGACUUCGAGCAACGCUUGAAUGAGGAUCGUCAGCUGCGCAUGCAAAUGGAGGAGGAGAAGGAGGAAUUGGGUCGUGAGUAUCGUGAAACGGUGGCACAGGUCGAAGCGGACGUGGACGAAGAAAUCGAGGCUCUCAAGAAAAAAUACGAAGACAAGCUGCAGGCUGAGCGCGAGGCAACACUGCGAUUCAAGGGUGAGAAUGGCAUUAUGAAGAAAAAGUUUUCUGCGCUACAGAAGGAUAUCGAAGACCAGCGCGACCAAAUCAAACUGUUGCUAGAGAAGGAAAAAGAAGUGAUCGAAGCCAUCAAACAAUUGGAAAAAGAGAUCCAAGCUCUCAAACGGGAGAUUCGCGCACGUGAUGAGACUAUUGGUGAGAAGGAGAAGCGGAUUUAUGACCUGAAGAAGAAAAAUCAAGAGCUAGAGAAGUUCAAGUUUGUACUGGACUACAAAAUCAAGGAAUUGAAGCGAGCAAUUGAGCCGCGCGAAAACGAAAUCGCAGAUAUGAAAACGCAGAUCAAAGAGAUGGACCAGGAACUAGAGCUAUUCCACAAAAGCAAUGCACAGCUCGACGUGCUUAUUGGAGAGCAGCGUCAACGCAUUAAUUCACUUCAGAAAUCCAUUGCCGGCCACCGUCAAAUUCUAAGCGACCAACAAACAUCAAUGCGACGCUUCCGCUGCGAUCUUCACGAGUGUGUACGCCAUCUCCAGUCACCCAAGGAGCUGGCACUCCAGGUAGCGCAACUCUACAACAAAUACGUAACCACCGACGAUGGCCCAGGCGGCUUUGGGUCAGCCAGCGUGGGUACAGGAGGAGAAGUAGAAGCUGAAAUUCAGCUCGAGUAUGCCCGACAGAAGCAGUACCUUGAAAAAUCUGUCCAUGUUCUCAAGCGCAAGUACGCGGCUGAUGCUCAGGAACACCAGCGUGAGAACUUGCGAGCCACGUCCGAUAACAUGCUACUCAUUCGCGAGAUCAAUGAUCUCCGCAGUGCCCUCAUUGCUGCUAAGAACAAUCUCCAGAUGGAACGGGCCACUUUGGCUACUACUGGUAUGGGCGCUUCCGCAAUGAACCAGGAUAAAUUCAACGGUAGCAAAUCCUUAGCGGCAGCAUUGGAAGCAGCAGACGGAGACCCCGAUGUGCUCAUUGCCAAACAGAGAACCGAAAUUGAAGAGUUGCGUCGGGUAGUGAAAGCUCUUGAAGACAAACUGGCGGGUGGUGGGAUGGCUGGCAACAGGUCUGGCGAUGUUUUCCCGCCGAUCGGACGUGCCGUGGAUGGAUAG